AUGAAUCAUCUUAUUCUGUUUUUGUUAUGCUUGAUUUGCUGCUUAAUUGGAGUUUCUACUGAAUUCGAUAAGCAUUUUGCUGAUUUUAUCGAAGAACAUUAUGGGAAAACAUUUUUGGACACAUUGCAGAGAACAGACUUAGGAGAUGGCGGGUCAUUUGGUGGUAAAACAAAUGCAAAUGAUGAGAUAAAUCAUGAUCCAGUAGUAUUCGUUCAUGGCGUAUCUGAUAUUGCCGGUGGAAAAAUGCAAGCAUUGGCUGCCACAUAUAAGAAACAUGGCUAUACCACUGGCGAAUUGUAUGCCACAACCUACGAUAGUGGUUCCAAAAAUAACCCGAUUGCAUGGACAGAGUAUUCGUUGAAAUGUGAACAUGUAAAGCAGAUUCGCACUUUUCUUUUGGCAGUGAAGUAUUACACACAGAGAAAUGUAGAUGUUGUGGCUUAUUCGUUGGGAGUUCCAAUUGCUCGAAAAGCUAUUCUUGGAGGAAUUUGCGUUGACACGAAGGAAGAUCUGGGAUCUCCUUUAACUCAAUACGUGGACACCUUCAUUGGUGUAGCUGGCCCCAACCACGGGAUUUCUUUGCAGGUUGCUGGCAUUUCUGUGCCUGGCUGUGUUAUUGGUGCUAUCCCAAUUCUUCCUAUCUGUAGCAAAGUCAUUGGACUUUAUUCCGGAUUCUGCCCAACUGAGAGCGAAUUCUUGACGGAUAUCAAUGAAAAAAAUCAUUAUGAGGGGCAAUAUGUCUAUUCAAUGUAUGCGGAAACGGACGAAUGGAUUGGGUAUAAGAUUUGUGACAAAGUAACAGCCAGAAUCCCUGGAGAAGACGGUCACAAGUUGUACAAAAAAUUCUCUCAUGAUGAGAUUAUUCUUCGUACUUGUGAUAUGCAGAUUCAGAUGAUGCAAUAUCAUUCCUCUCAAUCUGACUUUGACGCAAAGUUAAGAGACGGAACAAGUUCUCGCCAAAAGCAAAACCGUGGUAGUAAAUUCAAGAUUGUCGCUGCUAGAACAGAAAGUGCGGAAGCAGAUGCAGAAACUGGUUCAAGAUCAAGGCCAAGGUCAAACUCUGGUCAAACCGCGAAACGAGAUAUCAGUGAAUAUGACUAUCUCAGUGAACUUAGCGAGUCGGCUUUUGAGUAUAUUCCUCCAAAGCUCCAACAAUCAUCAAAGGUCUCAUCCGACAGAAUAGCAAUUGUCACUGUUCCUCCCACUAUGACUACAACGAGAAGCUACGAAUCGUACCUGCCACGGAGAUCCCACAAUGUCAUUGAUAUGAUGAAUGCGAGGCCAUCCCCAUCUCCGCGAUCAGAAGGUGUCGCUGAUAACGUCGGCGGAUAUCAUACGCAUAUCAACGUGUCCUUCGAUUGA